UCACGACCCAGAUUUUUGACUUUGUUUUCUCAAAACACAGCAAACUUUUGCUGUUUUUGUGUUUAUAUCACCGAUCUAACGAAAAUAAUCGACUGUCGCCUUUAGAGUACAUACUCAAAAAUUAUAUUUUCGGAAGGAUGAGUGGACUGAACCCAGAUGAAGUACGCCGUAAGCGUUUAGCUCGACUAGCUGGUGGUAAUGCUGCAUCAUCAUCGACAUCUCUUCCCAACAGUGAACAGACCUCUUCUGUUUCUAUGCCUCAAGUUCCUCAAACAGAAUCUGCCUCUCAGUCGAGCACUCAACCAACUGAUGAUAAUGUCCCAAUGUUAGAGAUAGUACGAGAAAGUGUUGAUUCAUCGGCGAGUAUGGAAUCAGCUGCACCAACUGCUUCAUUGUCUUCCGCAGGCUCAAUGACAUCAGAACUUCAAAGCAUGGAAAUAGAUGCUGCUGGAGAAAAAACUGCAGUGCAGGCUCAAAUGGAUGCUGACUCUGGUAUAGAAACGAUGGAAGUUGAUGACACAGAACCAAAUGAAAGCAAAAGAAAACGGCAGUCAAGUAUUAAUGAAGCCACUGAAGAGCAUGUCCAGAAUUCCAUUAGGAGAGUAUUCCGUGUGUCCUGGAACAAUGCUGAGGCCAGUCAGGGAAAUACUAUUGCCCUUCCAGAACUAGCUGAAGCUGCUAAAUCGGGAGAUGGUUGGUUGGAUCACAAGGACCUAAUAAGUCAGUUGUUAUUAGAAGUAUUAAUGAUUUUGAAGAACAAACAGGAAAACCCUUUCACAACUUUGAAACUAGAACCUCCUAGUUCUCCAAGCAAAUAUGGGUCUCCAAGUAAAUACGGAGCUAGUCCUAAAAGUCCUAGCCCACUGUCAUCGUGUAUGACAUCACAACAAACUAGUCGGGAAUUUACAUACAAGAAGGUUCAGCCAGAAAAAUGUGCUGAGGUGAAUAUGAUCACCUACCUGAUGGAUUGCUAUGAUCGAGUCUCUGUAGAAGAGAGGUCAGCCCCUAAGAGAAGUAAAACACCACCAUUGAGUGACGUCCUUGCAGACAUAAGGUGUCAGUGUGUAUGUCACACAGCAUUGGUGCUCCAAGGUGUAUUUACACAGAUAAGAUCACCUGCUAAAUUAUCUGUUCUUGUGCCAUAUCUGCUGUCACACAAUCUACCCAGGGACUUCCUUAUACAACUUAUGACUAUCACAUACCAGGACAAGGAUUCAUUCAGAGCAGUAUUUGAGCCAGUUUUACAAGGGUUGGCAUCUGUGAUGAGAUCAAUAUCAUUUGACAACCCAGAGUUUAGGCAACCUUUGAUUGUGUUCAGUGAACUUUGUGAUGUCAAAAUAUCAAAUACAAGACCUAUAUGUAACCUGAUAACCAAACUAGAUAACUGGUUGCCAGAUUCGUUAAGCCCAGCUGCAGGAUUGGAAAUUGAAAGAUUGUCCAUCUUGGGAGCUUUCUUUGGUAUCUCUGUCUUUGCUGAAGAUGAUACAAGUGUGGUGGAUGCCUAUUUCUCCAACCCUGAGAUGACAGCUGAUAGUGCCAGGAUGAUCAACAAAUCUCUGCAACAAGCCAUGGAGUUUGCAAGGGGGGAACAAUUUAAGAUCCUACACAGUAUUUUAGUGAACUCUGAGACUAGGGAUGCAGCCAUGUCUUUCAUAGCUGCAGCUACAUGUAGGAACCACAAACGCUCACAAUUACAGGCAGAUGAAAGACUAGUCAGUGGAGAUGGGUUCAUGCUAAACUUUCUCACAGUCCUUCAGCAACUUGCAGUGAAAGUCAAACUAGACAAAGUAGAUCUUUGUUAUCUAAAUCAUCCUAAAUCACGCAUAGACAUCAAAGAGGAGACAAGGCUGAAGUGCAGCUCUCAGGAAGCAAACAACUGGAUAGAUACAAUGAAAGCUAACCCUACUCAUAGCUGGCCAGAUCCCAAGUUCCCGACAGAGUGUUUCUUCCUCACCCUGCAUUGCCACCACCUGGCCGUGCUCCCCAUUGCCAGGAAGUACCAACGUAGAUUACGUGCAAUACGUGACUUAUCACGCAUGGUAGAUGAGAUCCAGAGUGCCGAGCCACAAUGGGCUAACACACCAGUAGCAAUGCGCAAUAAAGAACUGAUUAAGAGGUGGAAAUCUCAAGUUCAGAGACUUCAAAAGGGCAAACUGUGUGCAGAUGCUGCUUUGAUGGAUGAGAGUCUCUUGAGGCGGUGUCUCCAGUUUUACAGUUCACUGGCACAAUUUAUACUUAACAUAGUUGAUUCUAAACCCAGUGGGCCUACAUUACCUCUAGCAACAGAUGUCCCUAUGCUGUUCUCUGCCCUGCCUGAGUACACAGUGGACGAUAUGGCAGACUUCCUCCUAUUUGCAAUACAGUACAUGCCCAGCAUACUGGCUGAUGUUAACCUAGAUCCCAUCAUAACGUUCCUCAUUGUGUUCAUUUGUUCCCCCACUUACAUCAGCAACCCCUACCUAGUGGCCAAACUCAUUGAAGUUGUCUUUGUUAUCAACCCUAAUGUACAGCCAAGGACAGAGAAAUUGAACAAUAUGGUAAUGCUGCACGAUCUCGCCCUGGAUAAUCUCGCUCCAGCACUUAUGAUAUUUUACACUGACAUUGAGACAACUGGCUCCAGUAAUGAGUUCUAUGAUAAGUUCACAAUCCGUUACCAUAUAAGCAUUAUCUUCAAGACUAUGUGGGAGAUGCCUUCUCAUAGGUCCAGGUUCAUUUCAGAGGCCAAGUCAGGGAAACAGUUUGUGAAAUUUGUAAACAUGCUGAUGAAUGACACAACAUUUCUGCUUGAUGAGAGCCUAGACACACUGAAGAGCAUACAUGAGAUACAGGAGCUCAUGGAGAAUAAAGAAGAGUUCAACAAACUGUCCAGAGAGCAACAACAAAGUAAACAAAAACAGCUUUCCACAGAUGAGAGACAAUGCAGGUCAUACCUCACCCUUGCUUCAGAAACUGUGGAAAUGUUCCACUAUCUCACCAAGUGCAUCGUAGAUCCAUUUCUUAUACCCGAGCUCUCACACAGAUUAGCUGCAAUGUUGAACUUCAACCUCCGCUCACUAUGCGGCCCAAAAUGUAAAAAUCUCAAAGUGAAAAACCCUGAAAAAUAUGGCUGGGAACCGAAGAAGCUUUUGAAUCAUCUGACAGAUAUAUAUCUACAUUUGGACUGUGACAAGUUUGCUCAGGCAAUUGCCAGUGAUGAGAGGUCCUACUCCAAGGAGCUGUUUGAUGAUGCCAUAGCUCGCAUGACUAAAGCCAGAAUAAAGACAAACCAAGAGAUUGAACAGUUCAGGGCUCUACAAGAGAAAGUGCAAAACUUAGUUCUCAAGAAGAUGAGGACUGAAGUGGACCAUGAAAACAUUCCGGAUGAGUUUAAAGAUCCAUUGAUGGAUACAUUGAUGAAUGACCCUGUGCUACUUCCUAGUGGUAUGAUCAUGGACAGGCCAAUCAUUCUGCGCCACCUGCUCAACUCCCAAACUGACCCAUUCAACAGGGAGAACCUUACUGAAGAAGAACUGAUACCAGUACCUGAUCUGAAAGAGAAGAUAUCAAAAUGGAGGAGAGAACAAGAGGAAAGCAUGCAGUAAUAUGUAAUCUCAUCUGAGAAUUGGGACUUUCACACUUCAUUGGGACUUAAGGAUUACCAGUUAGAAUUCAAGUCACACGAC